CUCCUCUGCUCUGUCGGCGCCAUGCAGUCUAUGACACAGAACAACCUGCCUCAGUCCGAGACCCCGGCUCAAGCCUCCGAAGUGAGCCACAUCGAAGCCCUGCUCCCCGAUCUGGGCCUGGAGGUCGAGUCGACAAAGCUCUACAAAUGGCAAAUCAACAACUGGUCGUCGCUGAACCAGUCCGACCGAGUCCACAGCCCCGAGUUCGAGUGCGGUGGCUCUCACUGGAGAGUUUUGCUCUUCCCCAAGGGCAAUCGCACUCCAGACAGUCUCUCGGUGUUCCUCGAGUCCGUCGAGGCUCAGACGAUCCAAAAGCCAACAAAGUGGCAUGUCUGCGCCAACUUUGCCCUUGCCAUCGCGAAUGCAGACGACGACACCAUCAUCAAAUCGUCCCACGUUCAGCACCGUUUCAGCCCAAGCGAGCAGGAUUGGGGCUUCAACACCCUCGUCAAGCAGAGUCUCCUCUUCCAACCCAUCGAGAACUUUAGCCGCCCGAUCAUUGAGCAGGAUCGAGUUGUGAUCAUUGUUUAUAUGCAGAUCAUCAAGGACUCCACCGGAGUGCUCUGGCACAACUUUGUCGACUACGAUUCCAAAGAAGAGACCGGCUAUGUCGGACUCAAGAACCAGGGUGCAACCUGCUACAUGAACUCGUUGCUGCAGUCGCUCUAUUUUACCAACGAGUUCCGAAAGGCUACAUUCCAGAUUCCCACGGAAAACGAUGACCCCAACAAAAGCACCGCCCUUGCGCUGCAGCGCGUGUUCUACAACCUCCAGUACUCCUCCGAAUGCGUCGGCACCAUCGAGUUGACAAAGUCCUUCGGUUGGGACAUGCACGACUCAUUCAUGCAGCACGACGUCCAGGAGUUCAACCGUGUUCUCCAGGACAAUUUGGAGAGCAAGAUGAAGGGCACCGCCGCCGAGGGCGCCAUCUCGAGACUGUUUGUUGGCAAGAUGAAGAGCUAUAUCAAGUGCAUCAAUGUCGAGUACGAGUCGUCCCGCACCGAGGACUACUAUGACAUCCAGCUUAACGUCAAGGGAUGCAAGAAUCUCACUGAGUCGUUCCGAGAGUACGUCACCGUCGAGACUCUUGAGGGCGAGAACAAGUACAUGGCCGAAGGACAUGGCCUCCAGGAUGCCAAGAAGGGCGUUAUCUUCAAUAGCUUCCCACCCGUCCUCCAUUUGCAGCUGAAGCGCUUCGAGUAUGACAUGAUGAAGGAUAUGAUGGUCAAGAUCAACGAUCGCCACGAGUUCCCCGAAACCAUCGAGCUUGAUGAGUUCCUGGACCAGAGCAGCGCCCCCGGCCCCAAGCAGACGUAUGCCCUCCACGGCGUCCUUGUUCACACCGGCGAUCUCCAUGGCGGACACUACUGCGCCUUCUUGAAACCCGAGAAGAACGGAAAAUGGUUCAAGUUUGACGACGAUCGGGUCACGCCCGUAUCCAACCGCGAGGUCUUUGAGGACAACUUUGGUGGUAUUCCCGACGCCAACCCUCAGUUCAAGUCCCAGUUCAGAUCCGCGCGACACAGCUCCAACGCCUACAUGCUUGUGUACAUCCGCCUCGACGACAUCGACCAUAUUCUUGCGCCAAUCAGCGAGCACGAUAUCCCCAGCCACGUUGGUGACGCCAUUCAGAGGGAGAGAGAAAAGCUCGAUUUGCAUAAGAAGGAGCUCGAAGAACGCCACUUGUAUCUCACCUUCAAGGUCAUCAACGACGAUGCUAUCCGAAAACAUCACGGCUUCGAUCUGUGGAACUUUGAGGAAGCGGACUACCUCGACAGCGAGAUUUUCUCCGGACGAAUCAAGAAGGAUCAGCCGGUGCACAAGUUCAAGGCCCUGGUUGCAGAACGCUUCCGUAUUCCGCCAGAGCAGAUCCGCCUGUGGUCCAUGGCCCCCCGCCAGAACAAGACCGUCCGGCCCGAUAUGCCUAUAACGGAGGGCGACGAUGAGAACCACACGAUGGAGCAGAUCCGCGACAAGUUCGCCAAGGGCUCCCAUGAGCUGCGCUUCUAUCUUGAGCAGCCCGACUCGGCUCUCCAAGGCGUGUCUGGCGGCCAGGCUUCCUUCUUCAUGCCAAAGGACGAGAACACUCCCGCUGGAUACUUCAUGAUCUUUCUCAAGUACUACGACCCCUUCAAAGCCAGGAUGGAAUUCAUCACCAAGUUGUCGGUUAAAAACCGGGAGAGUCGAGUUACAGAUGUUAUUUCCAUCGUCAGCAAUGCCAUGGAAUUGCCUUCUGGCACACCCCUCAGGAUUUACGAGGAAGUCAAGCCCAACAUGAUUGAGCUGAUAAAGAUCAAGUCGACUUUCAAAUCUGCAGAGAUCGGCGAUGGCGACAUUCUCUGCUUGCAGCCAGAUCUCACUCCCCAAGAAAUUGAGCGUCUCCCCGAUCCAAGCCUAGCCACAGUCCCUGCCUACUUUGACAGCCUGUUCAACCAGAUCACGGUCCUGUUCCGUGAGAGACAGAACAAGGACGGCAAGUCCGACAUCCAGCUGCAGCUGUCCCGCAAGAUGCCGUACAAUGUGGUUGCCACCAAGCUUGCCGAAGUGCUCCGCGUCGACCCUCUCCAUCUGCGAUUCUAUCAGACCGAUGGCAUCCGCGCUCCGAUCAAGCACCAGAACAUUCUCCUCCAAGAGAUGCUGCCGGCUAGUUUCCAGCACGUCGGAUACAACAACAGUGGAUACUUUGGUGGCGGCUACGCCCACCCCAUCCUCGCCUACGAGAUCCUCGAUGUUGCCAUCACCGAGUUCGAGACCAAGCGGAUCGUCAAGCUUACCCUGGUGGACCAGCACCAGCACGAGACCGGCCCUGUCGAUGUGCUUAUUCCCAAGGAAGCCUCGAUCAAAGACUUGGUCUUGACCUUUGCGGCCAAGGCCAACGUCGAUCUUAGCCACAUCAGCAAGCCGCUCGUUUUCGAAAACCUGUUUGGCAAGUACGGCACCACCUACACCCUUGACCAGCCCGUCUCGAAGAUUCCUGACCAAAUCCCGCUCUAUCUGGAGGACACCUCGGUUCUGGAUGAAGUUGGACCCGACGAUGUCGUCAUCAAGGGCUUGCACCUGUCCAAGGAGCUCAACCGCUCCCAUGGCCUGCCCUUCCAUUUUGUCUGCAAGAAGGGCCUCAUGGCGGCCGGAGUCAAGAAGAGCCUUCAAGAGCGCGUCGGUCUGAAUGACAAAGAGUUUGCCAAGGUCAAGCUAUUCCACGUCCAGGCCAGCCAGGUGAAGCCUAUCGAGGAUGGCGACAUUUUGUCGGAUCUGUUCAUCAACGAGUUGGACUACCUCGGCUUGGACCACCCCGAUCGCAGCGCCAAGACUUUCAGCUACGAAAAGGCCAUCAAGAUCCAUAACUGAGGGGAGACUGUUGGUUCGCGCCGCAAGCCACAAGCGAUUCCUACUCUCCUUCACCCCACCCACUCAACACGGAUCAUCGAUUUGUGGGAAGCAUUGUGUGGGCGGAGACUUUAUCCAAUCGAAAGCGUGCGUGGAGGUGAGCAGGGUAUAGGGUAUUGAAGGGAAAGCCUGCCGAACGCAAAGAAACCGACACAUCCAGCCUCUCCCCCCCCCUCCAGCAUGGUAGCUGUUACCGGAGCCGAUGUACGUGUGCAAGUUGCUUGCACUCUUUUCCGUACACUUGCAAAUCCAAAAUAAAAGAUAACGGAGCGACGUAA